AUGGCCCAUGGGAACGGAAAGAAGCAUUAUGCCAUCCACGGCAAAGAAAAGGGGCAAGCUCCAUCUUUGACCACGGGGGUGGCCAAUAUGCAAAGCAGCAAGCAAACAGGCAAGAAAGCAAGCAAGCUUCUAAUGAAGCGUGAUCUACUCCAGACUGAAAGGCUUGGAUCCCCACUCUCUGCUCUUCUUCUUUUCUCCCAAUGGUCCGUAUAUUGCUCAACCCGCCACGUCCAACCCUACUAUCUCAAUCUCAUCUACUCGUCUCAAGUCUCCGCGGCCUACAUAAUGGGGGACUGGCAAGCGUGGCCGUUCGUCGCCGUCCGACUGCGAUACAUACCUGAAGGCGUGACAACCCGGGACAUCCACGCUGCCUUUGCCCAAUAUGGAGAAAUCGUCUAUAUCGAGCAGUUCGAAGACCAGCGCGGCGUCCUCAACGGUGAGGGACGUAUCUCCUUCGAGCCCCCACCUAUGACUCCUUUCUGGAGGCUCAAUACUUACACUAUAAGCUACGACUCCGAUGGCAGCCGAACAUGUAAAAUCCGUCUCGAACUUGGGCCUCCUCCAAAGUUUACCGGAAAGACCCGUAGUAAGAUCAACCCGAGAGUCUUCUACCCCCACAAGAUGACUUUCAAUGCUCGUUCUCUCGACUUUGGUGUCACCUCGACCGGCUCGGAUAUCAUGAUCAAGGCUUCCAUACGGUCUUCGCCAUCCUCAACAAGUAUUCAGCGGGUCCGCCUGGAGACCGAUUUUCGUCGCAAGACCUUGACCGUAUACUUCCCUCACGCCAUCUCGCUCAACCCCCAAGAAAGGGGCGAAAGGGUCCGCCAAUAUAAAGCCGUUAUAGAUGCUUCCCAGAUCAAGCAGCUGGCCGUGACUACCUUACGUCCGUCGGGAACAUGCUCUGGUAAUUCCGUGCUCCUCACCAUCCCCCUCCGACACCCUCCCUUCUACCACCUCAAGAGCAAUGACGUUGCUCCGAGCCUUGAUGCCGAUAGGCGUGUGUGGUCUUCCAAUGACCAGUGGCAUCGCAUUACCCACAUCAUGCAGGACCUGCUUCUGCCCCAGGACUACACCGUCGGCUUGGCCAACGCAUGGUCGGAUCCCGCCUUUAUCGACAUUGGCCGCUGGACCACUCUCCGUCUUGACCUCGAUUGUGACUCGACCGUCAUAGCGCAGUUCCUAUGUGCCCUAAAUGACCUGAACAUAGACAUUCGCAAGGACGAUAAACCUGUCGAGCUUCGGGAUGGCCCGGUUCUUCUGCCCCCUGAGAAUCAUCCCGUCCGACACCACGACAGAUAUCCUCCUCCCCAUGACCCCUACAAAUCUACCAGCGCCUUGCAUGCUCUUCGCCAUCUUGCGGGCGACAACGGCGGUGCCGGCACCAAUACCAGUGGUGAUGGUGGCGGCAAUUUUGUCGACUUGAUUAUCCCUUACUUGCCUUUCAACGUCCAGUAUCAGCUCGAGGUCUGCAUUUCGCGUCAUAUUCUCUGCGAAUACGAGCUGUCGCACCAGUUCUUUGCCAAGUUGCGAGCUCUGAACCCCCAGCGCGCUCAGUUUGCUCUAGAGUACAUGGCCGACCGGGGAGAGCGAGUUUGUGACCCCUUGGCCGUCCUGGACGACACCCAGUCCCGACUCUACUACCCGAGUCCCGUCUUACCCAAUUAUUGCACCGUCAUGCGCAAAGCCACCGUCACCCCGACCACCAUCUACUUUAGCACGCCCGCCGUCGAGUGCACCAACCGUGUGACCCGGAAAUGGCACUCUCACAUCGAUCGCUUCCUCCGCGUGCAGUUCACAGACGAGCUCUUCCGCGGAAAAAUCAAAACCAAUGCCACCAUGGACAUUGACCUGUUCAUCUUCAAACGCGUCUAUCUGACUCUGCUGAACGGCAUCCGUAUCGGCGAUCGCCAUUAUAAGUUCCUCGCCUUUGGAAAUUCCCAGAUCAGGGAAUGCGGUGCCUACUUUUUCUGCGAGACGGACCAGUUGACCUGCGAGGCCAUGCGCGGCUGGAUGGGCGACUUUGACCAUAUCCGCGUCGUCGCCAAGUUCGCCGCCCGACUGGGCCAAUGCUUCUCAACUACUCGCGAGGUCCGCAGCAUCCGGGCACCCGUGAUCAAGCUCAUAGACGACAUUGAGCGGGACGGCUUCUGCUUCACCGACGGUGUUGGCAAGAUAUCCCCUCUUCUGGCCCGCAUUGUCGCCGAAGACAUGAGCCACGAGAUGGCUGGGGAUGAACCGCCAUCGGCCGUCCAGUUUCGAAUGGGUGGCUGUAAGGGAGUCUUGGCCGUAUGGCCCGAGGCGAAGGGUUUGGAGGUCCACGUCCGCCGAUCGCAGGAGAAGUUCAAGGCCCAAUUCAACGGCCUCGAGAUCAUCCGCUGCGCACGCUAUGCUACCGCCACCCUGAACCGUCAGACCAUCACCAUUCUGACCUGCCUCGGCGUUCCUGAACAAAACUUUCUCGACAUGGUCCGUCAUCAGGUCGCCGAAUAUGCCUCUUCCAUGCAGGAUCAAUAUGCCGCCGUUGGCCUCCUCGAGCGCCACAUUGACGAGAACCAAAUCGCCCUCUUGCUCAAGGAGCUCAUCAACUAUGGCUUCAUGGACCCUCAGGUUCAGGAGCCCGUCGUCCUCACUUUUCUACAGCUCUGGAGGGCCUGGUCAAUGAAGAAUCUUCGAGAAAAAGCUCGCGUCGUCGUAGACCAAAGCGCUUUUGUGCUGGGUUGCGUCGACGAGACGGGCACGCUCCGAGGUCAUUCGGUCGCCACCGAGAGCCGAAGCGACUCCAAAAGCCACGACGACCUUCCCCAAAUAUUCCUCCAGAUUCCCGACCGGCAAGCCAGCAGCGGAUUUAAGGUUGUCGAAGGCGUCUGUAUUGUAGGCCGGAAUCCUUCGCUCCAUCCUGGCGACAUUCGUGUUGUGCAAGCCGUCGACUGUCCCGUGCUACACCACCUGAAGAACGUGGUCGUCUUCCCAAGCACGGGAGACAAGGACGUUCCGAGCAUGUUAUCGGGCGGUGACCUUGAUGGUGACGACUUUUUCGUCAUUUGGGAUCCCAAACUGAUCCCGCCCGAGUGGAAUUACCCCCCCAUGGACCAUCGUGCUCCCCAGCCCGAGACCCUCCAGCGCCCCGUCUCGGCCUCUGAUCUGAUCAAAUUCUUCGUCAAGUACAUCCGGAACGACUGUCUUCCCUUGAUUGCCCUUUCUCACCUCGCCAAUGCCGACAAUCUCCAGGGAGGUGCCAAGAAUCCCAAAUGUCUGGAACUUGCCGCCCUUCAUUCAAAGGCCGUUGACUAUGUAAAGACGGGGGAUCCGGCUCACCUGAGAAGGGACCUGCGGGCGAGGAAAUGGCCGCAUUUCAUGUCAUCAAACGAUAAAAAGUCGAAUACCUACCACUCGGCCACGGUCCUGGGACAAAUUUACGAUGCGACCAGCGAAAUCUCCUUUAAACCUCUGUACGAGAACGAGUUUGAUAAACGGAUUCUGGCCCACUCCCCCGCUGACGACGGCCUCCUCCGGAAGGCUCGGGCUCUCAAGUCACGGUACGACGAUGCCAUGCGCCGCCUCAUGGCCCAGAGGGAGGUGGCCACUGAGUUCGAAAUUUUCACUGCCUUCCCCCUGUCGAAGCCAACUGUCGGAAGCGCGUACAAGUUCUCUGAGGAUAUCGGCCGCGAAGCUGGCCUCCUCAAGCAAGCGUUUCGUGACGAGGUAUACAAGGAGAUGGGAGGACGACACUUCGACAUCAUCGCUCCUAUGGUAGCUGCAAUGUACAAAGUGACUGCAGAGGAAGCCAAGAUUGUGCUACAAGAACACCGUCGAAACCGAAAGGUGGGUGCUGAGGGCUCCAAGGACCCUAAUCCCAAGUCCAUGCCUAUUAUUACGUUUCCUUGGAUCUUUCACUGGGUUCUCGGUCGGCUCGCCACGGGCAUGGUCCGAAGCCGCGACGUGGUCACCGAAAAGGUCUAUGGCGUCAAGGCUCAGGAGAAACCGACCCCGGCCGAGCGAGGUCAAGACGAUCAAGCCGCUGCCACAGCUUUGGCCUCCCCCAAAACCUCGUCUGCAGAUGAAUCCCAGGACGGAGAGGAGAAGUUGGACGAAGCCAUCGCUGCCCGUCUGCCUGACGGACAAAUCGUGCAUCGUGGCGAGGUUCUCAACUUAUUCAAUGACGAUCAAGAGGAUUCCAACAGCAGCUAUGACGAGGACCAGAGCCAUAGUGGCGACCCUACCUCGUCAUGCACUGCUACGGCCAUUGAUUCGGAUGAGGCGGCGCUAUCGUGUCAAGACCAGCAGGAAGUUCUCCGGGGAGGUGAAAACGGCGAGAAGAGAAAGGAGGUUGGCAACGAUGAAGACCCAUUCGCCGCAGUCUUUUCCCUGGCCAGAUCAAGCCUUUUGACUUGGGCGACCCAAAAAACCGAGACUCCCACGACCGAAAAGACCAAGGACGAUGUCCCACAGCCGGAAGAGCUUCCGACAGAACUCCGGACCAAGGGUAUGGAGGUCGUAGUUGAUGCAGUUCCUAACCCCGAAUCCGACGAGGACGUCGAUGAGAGCCACGAGGAAGAAACCCUCAUGGAUCGAUUUGGGAAGACGUUCAACUUUGGAAACGCAGGCUAA